CCAGUUACUACAAAUAAGUGCUGUCGCAUUCAUGAGAGUUUUUUAGGAUAUUUAUUUUUCUACACUCGGCUGACUCGCUAAUGGUUGCUAACUACGUGACCGCAACUUAGCUUACAAACAAGAGGCAGCCAGCACACUGUGGUGUCUGCUGGACUUACAAGUUGAUUCACAUUAUUAUUUGACUUAAAACGUCUGCCCUUAUUAUUGGUGAUUUGGUAGCAAGUGAUUGUGCAAAUUAUUAUAAACAUGCACGCUACCAUACGCCAACUUUCAAUUGAACCGCUGUUUUUUGUAAUUGGUGUGUGACGAUUUAAUGGCGUGACGUUUACUUGUUUUUAACCCUGCCAGUCGACUCGUCUUGACCGAAUCACAGCCUUUUGAGAAGAAAGUGAAACGGGACACAAAUCCAGCCUUGGAGCAAUUCCUGUGUCAUGUUGCCAAGACGGGGGAAUCACUGAUCCCAUGGCCACAAUUCAAGUCGUACUUCAUGUUCAAAUUGGAGAAGGUCAUUGAUGAUUUCCGUGCAUCUACACCAGAGCAGAGAGGUCCUCACAAUCCCAAUGUUGAACACGUUCCCUUUGAGGAGAUGAAGAACAGGAUUUUAAAAAUAGUCGACAGCUUCAAUGGAAUCCCAUUCACCAUUCAGCGUCUGUGUGAACUGCUCACCGACCCCAAGAGAAACUAUUCCGGAACAGACAAAUUUCUCAGGGGUAUAGAAAAGAAUGUAAUGGUCGUAAGCUGUGUGUACUCGACAUCAGAGAAAAACAGGGCACCCGGUUCGAACAGAAUGAAUGGAGUAAUGUUUCCUGGUAACUCUUCUUUAUGCUCAGACAGUCGAAAUGUAAACGGACCAGGCAUGCCGAAACUGCUGAACAGGCCAAAGCUUUCAUUGUCGCCAUCGCUUUCCACCAAUGGCCUACCUGAGUGUGAAGUCAGCAAGGAGCCCGUCAUGGAGGACGAGGCGGAGCACCACAUCAGCAGUGGUGUUUCACUCCUUGAAGGUGAAAUAACAUCACGCAGCAGGACAAAGAAUAAACGCCCCGAGGAGGAAAGUGAGGACUCCAAUACAGCGAAGCACAACAGCAAGAGGCUAAAGGGUGACAAAAAGCAGGAGGAGGGUGACAAAAAAUGUGAAAACAAGGAAUGCUCUCGUAAAGGCACGGAUAACUCCUCGCCGAUGCCAGAAUCUUCAGAAGACUCUUGCGGUCAAGCAUACAAGAGUGAAGCAUCUUCACAGUCUAUCUUAGACGAUCCAGGGCCCAGUACCUCACAGACGGGAUCACCUGAAAAUGAGCCAGCUACGAGGGAGGAGGCCUGCCCUCCUAACCGUGACAUCACCGUAGACCAACCUGAGCAACCACUACCGGAGAAGACGCAUCCUGUGCAAGCCACUGAGGACAGCAGCAGCAAUGUUGGAGACAGCCUGGCCAGCAUCAAGCCGAGCCUCUCAUCUUCUGAUAUUUCACCAAACUUGUCAACAGGGGGCAAUGCAGACAAUUCAAAUUGCACAAAGGCCGACACAGAGUCAGGGCAAAAUGACUAAAACAAGCCAGACAACACAACUGACUCUUGACACUGUAUAAUACCACACCGAGGAACACUGUAGCACUGUGGAACUCUAGACUCCAGCAGAAGGUCCGACCGACGGCGACCUGGAGCUUCCUCACAAGAUGGACCUUCUGUCCUGGUAUUGAUAAUGGACACAUUUCACCUGGACUUAUUAGCAUUGGGUGUCAGGAAGGAGAUUAUGAAGAUGGUGUUUUCAAAGUUGACUGCUUUCUAAACCAGACCUUAAUGAUUUAGCACUUACACGAGCUGUGUUUUAAUAACAUCAUCGGCAUGUAUUUCUAAACUUACAUUGAUAGCUUGAGUUGUUUUAACCUAACCCUAGUUGACAGGAAGAAUAUCGAGAAUACAGCUCCACUUCAAUUGUUUUUUUUUCUAUGAAAGUAAAUCUCUCUUAAUAUUGCACUAAUUCCUUAAAUAUAGUUGACAUAAAACAACAUUUAAGUGACUAAACUUCCUGUUGUAAACUCGGUAGUUCUUUUUAGAGGACACAAAGUACCUCUACAUAGGUUGUACCCAUGACCUUUUUUUUUUUUUUUUUUUGAAAGAGAGAGCUCCGAUUUUUACAAUACAUGCCUGUGAAUCCAUUUUUGUAGACUUGUAAUACACAUUCACUUGAGAAAGUAAAAAAAAAAAAUGUUGGAAAAUGAAUGCUUCUUUCAUUGUAGUCACGGAAAGCAAUA